GCGCCGCGCUUUUCCCCCUCUCUCUUUCUCUCUCUAUCUCUACCUCUCCCUCUCUCUGUGACCGGACCACCAUCGGACCGGAUGUCCGGCGGCGGCGGCGGCGGCGGCGGCGGGGGGGCCGGGGGAGGGGGCCGCCUGGAGACCCCGGCCCUGGACCGGGAGGCCGCCGGGCUCCUCCGCGACAUCGCCGGGCACGGGGGCUACGCCUACGCCGCCAUGUCGGGCCUCGCCGCCGCCGGCGACGCGCGGGCGGCGGAGGCGGCGCGGGAGAUGGCGUGGGAGCAGCUCCACUCCGGGCCCUGGCACUCGGUGCUCCCCGUGUGGCGCGACGCCUACUCCAUGGCGUGCCUCCACGUGGCCAGGCUGCACCACCGGGGCGGGGAGCUGAAGGAGGCGCUCAGGGUCCUGGAUCUGGGGCUCAUCAUGGGAGGGACGCUGCUGAGGGAGGACCUGGAGGCCGCCGUCCAGAGGUUGACCGCGGAGGCGAGGGACGCUAGGGUUUUGGGAGGAGAGGAGGGUGAGGAUGGGGGAUUGGAUCAGAGGCUGGUUCGCGACGGAAUCGACCGGGAUAAGGUGCUCCGGAUAUUACCUCUAAAAUCUCUGUCCCUAAAAACUGUGGCUAAGAGGUCUGCUCUGUCCUUGGAGGGAUUCCUACGUGAAUUUUUCCUAUCAGGUUGUCCAGUUGUAAUUACGGAUUGCAUGUCUCAAUGGCCUGCCAGAACAAAGUGGAAUGACAUGGAUUAUCUCAAAACCGUUGCUGGCGACCGCACAGUUCCAGUUGAGGUUGGAAAGAACUAUCUAUGCUCUGAGUGGAAGCAGGAGCUCAUCACGUUUUCCCAGUUUCUUGAGCGCCUACAGUCUAACGAUCCUUCUGCAGCUGUCCCUACAUAUCUUGCGCAGCACCCACUGUUUGAUCAGAUAAAUGAGCUGAGAAAGGAUAUUCUCAUCCCUGACUAUUGUUUCGCCGGGGGUGGAGAGCUAAAGUCUCUUAAUGCUUGGUUUGGACCAGCAGGCACAGUGACCCCAUUGCACCAUGAUCCACACCAUAACAUAUUUGCUCAGGUUGUUGGUGCAAAAUAUGUAAGGCUUUACUCUUCUUCAUUCUCGGAGGAACUCUAUCCACAUAGUGAAACCAUGCUUUGCAAUUCUAGUAAGGUUGAUCUAGAUGACAUAGACGAGAAGGAGUACCCCAAGAUUAUGGACGUAGAGUUUGUGGAUUGUAUUUUAGAGGAAGGGGAGAUGCUGUAUAUACCACCCAAAUGGUGGCACUAUGUACGAUCUCUAACGACAAGCUUGUCCGUUAGCUUUUGGUGGAGCAAACCCGAUGGGAGCCCCGCCGAUUCGUGACAUGGUACUCCUUUUCAUCCAAUACCAUUCUUUUGAUAUAGAGACCCGCGAAACGCAUAACAUGAUAUGCCCCUUACAACAUGGAUGGUUGGGUGUGUAGUGCCCCCACGCCUCCACAGCAUAUCAGUACAUGAAGGACAUGUUAAUGUAUAAGCCAUUGUUCUCGGACUCGGUAAAAACUGAGUGUAGACACCAAAAAUAGUAAUUUUACAGGAAGGACAUUUUGUCUCUUGAUUGGUCCCCCCGUGGGGUACGUUAA